AUGACUUCAAAUCAGCUUUCGGAAUGCUGCAUCAAAGGCACUUUACAUGAAGGACAGGCCAAAGGCGAAAUCAAAAGCAUUGGGAAUACUUCCACCUACUUCGCCUACCCGGCAGACAACUCAACCAAGCAUGCUAUUCUGUUAUUGACGGAUGUACUGGGACACAAAUUCCUCAAUUCCCAGCUUUUGGCCGAUCAAUUUGCUUCCAACGGAUACUUCGUUGUCAUGCCAGAUCUGUUCAAUGGCGAUGUAGUUCCAAUGAACAGACCAGAGGGAUUCAACAUCAUGGACUGGGUUAAAAACCACUUGCCCGCUCAGACCGAGCCUAUCAUCAAUUCUGUGCUGAAAGAGAUGCGUGAAAAUCUCGGCUGCGAGCGCAUUGGCGGAGUGGGCUAUUGCUUUGGUGGAAAGUAUGUCUGCCGGUAUCUGAAGCCAGAGAAACUAGAUGUUGGGUUCAUGGCCCACCCAACCAUGGUUGAGCCAGAUGAAUUGGGAGGAAUUGAGGGCCCACUGAGUAUUGCCGCUGCAGUCCGGGACUUUGUGUUUACAACUGCUAAACGGCACGAGAGCGAGCAAAUUUUGGAUCAGCUUGAUGUGCCUUAUCAGAUUAAUUUGUUCUCGGAAGUUGAACAUGGCUUUGCAGUGCGUUGCAAUCUUGACGAGCCCCUUCAGAGGUUUGCUAAGGAGCAGGCAUUCAGCCAGGCUAUUAGUUGGUUCAAAAUGUUCCUCGAUACCCUAAAAUGA